AUGGAUCCGUCGCGUCCCCGAAACCGCAAGCAGGUAACCUACGGCUCUUCGUCGAGACGGUCGAUAUCGAAGAAUAUAUCUGGGCAUGAAUCAGCCCCGAGUCCAGCUCCCACAAGGAGAACUCUAGCCUCUCGUUCUUCUAAGACCGGGAUAUCCGGCAAUGAGGAUGCGAAUGCGAAUGCGAAUGCCGACAAACGACCAAGAACCCCUGGGAAGACCAAAGCAGUCGCAGCCGCAGGAUCGCAAAAGGCUACGGAUGAUCAUGUUUACGAUAUUCCAUCUUCUGACGACGAAAAUGUCAAUCUAAUCCUACAGCGGAAGCGACGACGGGGUGGUCCGAAAGGCAGCAUCAGCACACUCCAAAUCUCGGAUUUAAUAGCCAGCGAAGACGAUAAGCAAAAUGGGGACAGCAUGCUGGGUUCAAAAAUAAUGCAGAAUCAUACUCAAACUACUCCAGCCCGGGCGAGGGUAACCCUGCAAGAUCGAAAAAGGGUCCAGGGACAGAAGCGGGACAUUGAAACCCAGCAACCGAGUCCUAAAAAGCCCAAGACUCCGACUCGCUCGACGUUUGGCAGAAGCUCAAGACCUCAGAAAUAUGUCUCAUCAUCAGAAGACGAGUUACAGCAACCGGUGCCACAACCGGUGCCAGCCAAGGACAGUCCACAAAAAAAGGAGCCCGAACUUGAACCCAGUGCCAAGUCGCUCUCGCCUAUAUCUUCGCCCAUAUCUUCGCGACCACAAAAAUACACACAUACGACGAUUGGAAACACAACACCGGGAAGGAGGAGGUUAGUCGAUGCAUUGGGAACAAGAGAAAGAUCAAUCGACCGGACAUCAUCGAAUGGGUUUACCGACAGCCAACUAUCUUCCCCCGUGGCCUCCCAAAGCCCAAUUAGACCCAGGGACACUGGCGCUGAAUCACUCAGCAAUAGUCAACGUGAGCUUCUUGCACCAGAGCCCACCACCGCACCGUCCCCGCAUUUCCUAGGUGGGAAAGUUACGUAUGCUCGACAGCGUUCUUUCCUGGACGACCUCAAUUUAUCCGGCGAUAUCUCCGCUGGCAUAGAAGGAGACGAUCUGUUCAGCCCCAAAGGGUUGACCGAGGCUCUUCCCCGUGCUCGUCUAUACGAAAUAGAGGAUGCCACGAAUGAUGACGGGGCUGUUCGAAGCAUUCAUGAGCUCAGGCAAGCCGGAGGAAAUGCUCGCUACCGGAGUGCCAUCGAGUCGAUUUUUGAAGACAUUGAAGAUGCGCAGAUCUCCGUAUCAGGCCGAUGCGGUGCGUUGGCUCAGAUAUGCGGCAAAUUGCUAGACCCCAAACAGGCACGGCAAUUUGCCGAGUGUGGAUUUGACAAGAGAAUUGUGGAUUGUUUGUCCAGAGAUUUGGAUUUGGUCUCUGCUACACUUGCAUUCUCUGCAUUUGGUCUGAGUUCCGCUGGUCGAUCUCUGCCAUAUAUCAUUGCAACCGCUGCGUGGCCAAAAUUGUUGGAAACAGCGCCCAUUCUCCUUUCCGUGCAGAAGGAUGUUUCCGUCGUGGCAUGCGCCCGAGAGAAUAAUUUGUCCAAAGUGACUCAAGGGAUUGUACAAGACAUUGCACCGAAAAUUCAGUCGAAAUUGUUUGCUGAUGUCGACGACUCCGAAUUUUCACCUCGUCUUUUGGCCCUCUUCUGCCUCAGAGUGACCAUUUCCGCAUUUCAAGAGAAGGGCGAAAGCCCAUCAGGUCUUUCUACAGGCCUAUUGAGACAAUUGGUUGAUAUUUUGUUGUCUGAAUGCUCUCAUGGGAGCAAACAACCUAUAGGAAAAGGAAGAUCGCAGGUACUUGUUUUGGGGCUAGUUCUCCUAGAAACACAUACGACUUCGAGCAGUCUUCUCCAGGACGAGUACUGCGAUGCCUUGAAGUCACUUCCCGCGCUUCACAGCCUGCUACAGGUGCCAGGUGACUCGGAUGAGGUCGGCCAGGAGCUUCAGAACCUCUACAUCCGGGUGAUUUUGAAUGUGACGAAUAGCAGCGCGGAUCUGUGCGAUCACUAUGCAACAUCGCCUAUGAUCGAAGCGCUGGCUGAAAUCUCAGAGGGAAUCAGUUCCCUGGACACGGUGAUUUUGACGCUGGGCGCUCUCAUCAAUUUGACCGAACAGAGUGAAAAGUCUCGCGCUAUGUUCCUCAAUACGUCUCGAGAAUCUGCAGCUGAAUCUGAAUCAAUUCUCGAUCAACUCGUCCACCUGUUUCUAGAACAUGUGGAAUCAACUGCACAGGCCGAUUCCGUUCCAGAAGUCCACCAUAAUGUAGCAGUGGGUUACCUUGCCGUUCUCCUUCUCUCUCUCUGUUUAGAUCGUGGAGUGCGGCUUCAAGUCAAAGAAAUCUUACAACCCAAGGAUCUUUCAGUGGUGAUGUCGACGGUGGACGAGUUCAUGCAGUAUCACCAAAAGAUCGAGCAGGAGCUGCACCCCAUGCAGAACGGCAACGAGACAGGUGGAUUCCUCGGGCGGCUCCAAGACCUUGUUGGCCAAAUACAGUUUAUUGAGGGGUAA